GAAAAUAAAUAAAAAAGGAGUAGAAGUGAUUAGAGUUGUAGUGGGACGCCGCAGGCAUCCCCAAACUCAUCGUCGUCAUCAUCAUCAUCAUCAUCAUCAUCUUUCCGAUCGACCCUGCUCAAUGCUACUGUUUAUUGGUUCACAUUGAUCUGGCUUUCUAAAACAUAACUUUCUUCAAUUUGGAUUUGAGGCAAAAGGUGUUGAACUGAAUUUGGGUUUGAUGGAUGUAACGUCAUGGCUAAGUGCUAUCUUAGUUGGGGCAGGCUGUCUAGCUAUGGGAUUUUUUGUUGGUGCAGAGAAACCUUAUCGCAAGUUUAUACCAAAAAACAAAGCCGCUGAAACUGCGGCACUUGUAGAUGGAAAAAAGAAGGGUCAGGCGAAACCACCCCUUGAGAUUGAAAAACUUGCUGAGAUUAUUGAAGAUUUUAAGAUGGUGUUGGUUGUAAGGAAUGACCUAAAGAUGGGGAAAGGGAAGAUUGCUGCCCAGUGCAGUCAUGCAACUUUGGGUCUUUAUAAAAAGAUUCUUCACCGAGCACCUAAAGCUUUAAGCAGGUGGGAGAUGUGUGGCCAGGUUAAAGUGGUGGUGAAAAUUGAAAGCGAAGAUGAUAUGCUGGAAUUACAGGCAAGAGCAAAAUCACUGGCUAUACCAACUCAUAUUGUCAUUGAUGCUGGGCGAACACAGAUAGCACCAAAUUCAAGGACAGUAAUGGCAGUUCUCGGACCAGCUGAUAUGGUUGAUGAUGUAACUGGUGGGUUGAAGCUUCUAUAAUACUUUGCAGAUUAGCAGCAGCCUGCACAGGGCUUAUAGAGGUCAAGCCUCUUCAGUGUUACUUGCAGAGAUUAAUCAUUAGUGGCUUUCCUUAAAUUAAAAGGAUUAGUAGAUUUGUUCACUUUUGACCUUUUGUUGAUACUUUUGAACCAUGUCGCACUAAUGAAAAAUUGAUGAUGAUGAUGAUGAUGAUGAUGAUGAUCAAUUACCUA